AUGGUUCCCGGGGUGAGGAUCCUCUCCUCUUUGCUGGGACUUCUGAUGUUCUGGUUCCCCUUGGACUCGCAAGCCCGAGCUCGCCCAGGCAAAGUCUGCCUCUUCGGUGAGAAGAUAUACACCCCCGGCCAGAGCUGGCACCCCUACCUGGAACCACAAGGCACGAUAUACUGUGUGCGCUGCACCUGCUCCGAGAACGGCCACGUGAACUGUUACCGCCUGCGAUGCCCCCCGCUCCACUGCGCACAGCCUGUAAUGGAGCCACAGCAGUGCUGUCCCAGGUGUGUGGAUCCUCAUGUCCCCUCUGGGCUCCGAGCUCCCCUAAAGUCCUGCCAGCUCAAUGAGACCACAUACCAACAUGGAGAGAUCUUCAGUGCCCAGGAGCUGAUCCCCACCCGCCAGCCCAACCAGUGUGUCCUCUGUAGCUGUAUUGAGGGCCAUACUUACUGCGGUCUCAUGACCUGCCCUGAACCCAGCUGCCCCACCCCACUCCCUCUGCCUGAUUCCUGCUGUCAGACCUGCAAAGACAGGACAAGUGAGAGGCCCACAGAAGAGGACACAGUACAGGUGCAGCAUGGAGAGAGACAUUCCCAGGAUCCAUGCUCAGAGGACAGGAAGAGGAGAGGCCCCGGCACCCCAGCCCCUACCAGUGUCAGCUCCCCGCUGAGCUUCCUCACCCGAUACUUCCGACCAAUAGGAACCGGCAGCACUACUAUCAAGAUUAUACUGAAGGAGAAACAUAAAAAAGCUUGCACCCACAAUGGGAAGACGUACUCCCACGGGCAGGUGUGGAAUCCCACAGUGCUCUCCUUCGGGCCCAUGCCCUGCAUCCUGUGCACAUGUGUGGAUGGCCACCAGGACUGCCAUCGGGUGACCUGCCCCACCCAGUAUCCCUGCAGUCAACCCAAGAAGGUGGCCGGGAAGUGCUGUAAGAUCUGCCCAGAGGAUGAGGCAGACGCUGACCACAGCGAGGUCAUUUCCACCAGGUGUCCCAAGGUGCCUGGCCAGGUCUCUGUGUACACAUUGGUGCCUCCAAGCCCAGACAGCCUGCACCGCUUUGUCCUGGAGCAUGAAGCAUCGGACCAGGUAGAGGUCUACAUCUGGAAGCUGGUGAAAGGAAUCUUCCAUUUGGUUCAGAUCAAGAGAGUCAGGAAGCAAGAUUUCCAGAAAGAGGCCCAGAACUUCCGGCUGCUCACCGGCACCCAUGAAGGUUACUGGACUGUCUUCCUAUCCCAGACUCCAGAGCUGAAAGUCACAGCCAGCCCAGACAAAGUAACCAAGACAUUAUAA